AUGUUGUGGAUCUUUGCUCUAGCUGUACUUCUUGUACAACUUGUCUUCGCUCUGCCUAUCAAAAGAGGCUUGCAAUGGGACUACAAUAACGAUAAGAUAAGAGGAGUUAAUCUUGGUGGGUGGCUUGUCCUUGAACCAUACAUUACCCCAUCACUUUUCAAAUCUUGUGGCCAUAAUGUCCCUGUUGAUGAAUAUCAUCUCACCCAACAAUUGGGCUAUGAUGCAGCUCUGUCACUUUUGCAAGCUCAUUGGUGCACUUUCUACAAUGAGAACGACUUUAAACAAAUGGCAUCUCUUGGCUUAAAUGCUGUUAGAAUACCUAUUGGUUAUUGGGCUUUCAAGAAGUUAGACUCUGAUCCAUAUGUUCAAGGUCAAGAAGAGUAUUUAGAUAAGGCAAUUGAAUGGUCUCGUAAUGCUGGUUUGAAGGUUUGGAUCGACUUGCACGGUGCCCCUGGAUCUCAAAACGGGUUUGAUAACUCUGGUUUGAGAGACUCAUUGGACUUUCAGCAGCCUGACAACAUCCAACUUACCUUAGAAGUUUUACAAUAUAUUUCCGAAAAGUACGGUGCCUAUGAUUACGAAGAUGUUAUUAUUGGUAUUGAGCUUUUGAAUGAACCUUUAGGUCCUCUGCUUGAUAUGAACCUGUUGCGUCAAUUUUAUGCUGAUGGUUACCAAGGAUUGAGAAACACAGGUUCGGUUAAUGCUGCUGUCUUUCAAGAUGCAUUUAUGCCUGAUGGCUACUGGAAUAACUUUGGAAAUGUUGAUGCUGGCUUCUGGAAUGUUGUCAUUGACCAACAUCACUACCAAGUUUUCUCUGGUGGUGAAUUAUCACGUUCAAUUGAUGAACAUGUUUCAUUUGCUUGUAAGCAAGGUGCUACACACAAGUCUAUGGAAAACAAGUGGACUGUUGUUGGUGAAUUCUCUGCUGCGUUAACUGAUUGCGCAUUUUGGUUGAAUGGUGUCGGAAGAGGUGCCAGAUAUUCUGGAGAUUAUGAUGGUGUUGGAUACAUUGGUUCUUGUGAUACAUUUACUUCUUACGAUGUAUGGACCGACUGUCAAAAGGAAAACGCCAGAAGAUAUGUUGAAGCUCAAUUUGAUGCUUGGGAACAAACAGGUGGCUGGUUUUUCUGGUGCUGGAAGACCGAAGGUGCCAUUGAUUGGGAUUUCCAAAGAUUAUCUUACCAUGGAGUUAUUCCAUCACCAUUGACUGACAGACAAUAUCCAAACCAAUGUGGCUAUUAA